AUCGAUAUGCUGUUGCGUCAUGCGAAAACGGCUGAUUGUUUCGAAAGAAGAAUUUAUAUUUACAUUCAAGUUUUGACAAAUUUUUGACUAAAUUUUCAAUAUUUUCAUGACAAAAUGUCUGAAAGAAAGGUUUUGAAUAAAUAUUAUCCACCGGAUUUUGAUCCGUCAAAAAUUCCACGUUUACGUUUGGCGAAAAAUCGCCAAUACACUGUCCGAAUUAUGGCUCCAUGUAAUAUGCGAUGCAACACUUGUGGAGAUUAUAUUGCUCGCGGCAAAAAAUUUAAUGCACGCAAAGAAACAGUUGAUAAUGAAGAAUAUCUCGGCCUAAAAGUAUUUCGUUUCUAUUUUAAAUGUCCAAGAUGUAUGCAGGAGAUAACAUUCAAAACAGACCCUAAAAGUUAUGACUACACCGUCGAACACGGCGCAACACCUAAUUUUAAGGCGUUGAAAUUAGCCCAACAACAGGCUAUUGAAGAGGAGAAAGAAAAAGAAGAAGAGGAACGUUUAAAUCCGAUGAAAAUGUUGGAGAAUCGAACAAAAGCAUCACGUCGAGAAAUGGAAAAUCUUGAGGCCCUUGAAGAUCUCAAAGAAAUGAAUCAACGAGAAGUGGCCAUCAAUUAUGAUGAUUUAUUGCAAAAAAAGAAAGAAGAAUUGGAACGAGAGUUGAAACGUCAAGAAGCCGAAGAUGAAAUGUUCGUCAAAUCUAUCUUCCAUAAUGAAGACAAAGACUGUGAUUAUAAUCAUGGAGAAGAAGAAGAAAUCAUUGAAGAGUAUAAUGAGACAGAACCGAACUCAUCUUCCUGCAAUGAAAUAUCAUCGAUUCAAAAUAAAGAACAGGCACAAAAGCCAAUUCGUACGGACAUUGUUUCCUCAACAAAAACAUGCUACGAAGAACAAAUUAACAAUAAAAGUAAACGAAAACUUAUACAAAAUAUGAUUGUUGUAAAGAAAAAAGCGAAAGAUGAUGACAAUCGACUACUGCCACAAGAUAAAGCAUCGAAUUCGACAAACAAAUCUGAAGUCAUCACAUCAUUAUGCGAUUAUUCGUGUAGUGAUUCUGAUUAAAAUGUAUUUAAAUUAUCAUUUUUAAAAGCAAAAAUAUUCAAUAAAAUAAUCACCUAUUUUUGUCCAAUA